CGAAAAAUUUGCACUCGUGUGUACGGAUAAGUUAUCUACAAGGUUUUUAUAUCUGUCCCCCUUCCACACAAAUCAAACCACUGCACUUUGCAUUUCUCCCACUGUAGCUUGGUUGUUGAUAACAAUGGCGGCCGUGAGUUUCAACUUGGUAGGUGCGUUCAAAGGCCUAUCCGUUGGUUCCACCUCAUCCUUGUCCUUUUUCAGAGGCGACUUCGGUUCGAUUUCCGUCGGUCAAAACUCCGUUCGUUUCCCGAUUAAAACGCCUCUGACGAUAGAAUCUGCGCAUAAGAAAGGAGCUGGUAGUACUAAGAACGGCCGUGAUUCCCCAGGGCAGAGGCUCGGAGUCAAAAUCUACGGCGAUCAAGUUGCCAAAGCUGGUUCCAUUAUUGUACGCCAACGCGGUACCAAGUUCCACCCAGGGAAGAAUGUUGGGCUUGGCAGGGAUCACACUCUUUUCUCCUUGAUAGACGGACUAGUCAAAUUCGAGAAGUAUGGACCUGAUAAGAAAAAGGUGAGUGUCUACCCUCGUGUGGUGGUACCCGAGAAUCCCAAUAGUUACAGAGCAAGAAAGAGAGAGGCCUUCAGGUUACAACGUGAGAAAAAACGAGCGAGGAAAGAAGGCUUUGUAAUUGAACCUCUAUUGGUACUUGCUUCUGCUGCACAAGUGUCUGAAGAUAGUCCAUCAUCAUCUUGUUAAUCAGCAGCUCUAGUCUCUGUUUGCUUGUAUUCGACAGUCGGAAUUUUGUGUAUGAAAUAGCUAAUUUUCUUUUGAUUUUGUUUUCGAUUAUGUUAGUCAUGGACAUUUGGAACUGUUGAUUCUGAAAGCUUGUGAAUCCUAUCUUAAUGGAAAAAUGGCCAAACUGCCCUUUAAGGGGUAAAUGGAACAUGCCGAUA